AUGUCUUGUCCUGCAUGCUUCAGCGGUCAUGUUCACGAAGGCCAACCAAAGGGCCGCGUCGAAACAAUCCAUGGCCGACCAACCUACAUCGCGGAGCCGGAGGAGGGGAAGCAGCCAAAGGGCAUUAUCAUCAUCGUUCCGGAUGUUUUUGGUUGGGAGUUUGUGAACACCAGGAUUCUCGCAGAUCACUAUUCGGCUGGAGGAGAUUAUCUCGUCUACCUCAUAGAUUUUAUGGACGGCUGGGCCGCACCUGUAUCAACGAUGGAGAGUAUGCCACUCCUGAUGAAGAACGACAGCAUCUGGGAUUGGGUUUGGAAGCCAUAUUACGCGGCGCAGGGUCUUUCCUCAUUCAUCUCUGUCGCCACCUUCAACCGUUAUUCCGUCGCCUGGCCCCGUGUACAUUCCUUCUUCGAAGCUGUCCGCAAGAAUGAGGGCGCAAAACUUGGAAUCGGCGCCGCGGGUUUCUGCUGGGGCGGCCGAUAUGUGGUAAAUCUGACGCACGAGGAGAGUUUCGUCGACGGUGUGCCCCUAGUGGAUGCAUCCUUCACAGGUCAUCCAGGCCUGAUUAAGAUUCCAGGGGACCUCGAGAAGAUUCGGAAACCUGUAUCCCUUGCGAUUGGGGAUAACGACUACCUACUAUCGGUCCACCAGAUCGAAGGGGUCAAGGAGAUCUUUGGUAACAAUCCGUCCGUACCGACGGAAGUGACGGCGGAGGAGCAGGCAUUGGAAUGGUUUUCGCGGCACCUAAGCGCAGUGAAGUAUUAA